ACUCAACAUUCAAACAUUAAUCCUUUAAUUAAAAUUGAUUAAAAGUGCAUUUUUUGAGGAUCUGCGAAGAUUUCGGAAAACUGUAAAGAUAAGAAUGAUUAAUGAUGAUCAAUUAUGCUGUUGAAAUUAAGAGAAAGCAAGUUUGGUAUCAGUUUUUACUAUUUUUCUUAUGUCAAUAAGAAAAGCUACUUGUAUUUAUUGAUAAAUACAAUAACCCAUACUGAUAACAUACGAUAAGAUAACUUUACCAAGUAGCAAUAAUUUUUUUUAAUGAACUAUAAACUAUAUCUUAAAGUAUGUUUUAAACCAUUUUAAAGUAACACCUAAAAUCAAAACUUUUAACAUGGAAAACGAAAGCGAUGACAUCAUUAAUAACGAUUCUGUACACGAAAAUGAAACUGAAAUUGUAGAUGGUCCACCCAGUUCUAUAAAAGAAGAAGACAAAGAAUCCAUUGAGCAAACACAAGACAUUGAUGUAAACACAAUCGUUCAAGCCACAACGGAACCGCAAAUUGAAAUGUUCCAUGAAGACGCAAAAAAUUUCCUUAUAAAUUUUUUAAUUGAAAAAGAUUACAAGGAUAUUAAACUAGAAUUAGAACCUGGAAGUAAUUUGGGCGAUAAUUUCAUGGGUUUUAUUGGUAAAUUAACAAUAACAGCUGUAGACCAAUCCGAUCAAAAUAAAACUUUUAAUUGGAUCGUUAAAACAGCACCAAGUAUAGAACAUUAUCGGACUGCUUUAAACAUUGAAAAAUGUUAUCGUCGCGAAUCUUACAUCUACAGCGAAGUAUUUCGGAUUUUCGAUCAAUUUCAACUUGAAAAACAAGUUUUAAACCCGUUUUGUGAUCACCCCAAAUUUGUUUUAUCAUAUUUAGAGAAUUGUCAUGAAACAAUUGUAAUGGAAAAUAUCAAAAAUGAUGGUUAUGUUAUGCGUCCGAGACAAGAACCGUUAGAUUUAAAUCAUGUAAAAUUGGUGAUGAAAGCUUAUGGUAAAUUACACGCGUUAUCUUUUGCACUGAAAGAUCAAAAACCGGAUGUUUUUAAAAGAUUUGUUGAAAAUACCCCGGAUAUUGUACAACAUUCCAUUGUGAACGGGCUCGCUAAAGAAAUGCAAAAAUUGGGAUUACAAUUAUCAUUGGGUGUUUUAGAUCCAGUAAAAGAAGCAAAAAUUUUAAAUGUUUAUAAAAAAUUUGUUGAUAACUAUUUAGAUGUUGUUAUUAAAUUGUUGCAAGAUACAAAUGAGAGGGCAGUUAUCGGACAUGGAGAUUGUUGGGUUAACAAUAUGUUAUGGAAAUAUGAAUUAUCAAAUCAAAACAUACCAACAAAAGUAUGUUUAUUAGAUUGGCAAUUAUCCCGAUAUGGUUCCCUAGCUUGUGAUUUAUCUUACUUCUUUUUUACCGCUACAACAAAAGAAUUCCGAGACCAACAUUACGAUAACAUGAUAAAACUUUAUUAUUAUACUUUAUGUGGUCAGUUAAAUGAACUUGGAAGUGAUCCACAAAAACUUUUAUCUUUCGAUGAAUUGCAAGAGGAACUUGAGAAGUAUUCUUUGGUUGGAAUUAAUAUGGCAAUACCGUUACUCGGGGUUAUAACCAGAGAUUCCGGUGAUAUUCCAGAAUGGAGAUCAGAUGAUGUUAAUCCUGAAGAAGUACAACAACAGUGGGCUGUAGUUGGAAAAAAUGCUGAUGUUUAUGCACAAAGAGUACGGGGAGUUAUUAUCGAUGCAUAUGAAAAAGGAUAUUUUAAAAUUUUGAAUAAAUUUAUAUAAUUGUUUUAAGGUUUGUUUAAGAUUAUGUUAAUUAAUUUUGAUAAUAAAGCUAUGUUUUGUAUGAUUUUUGUGUAUUAAAGUAAA